AUGUGUUCAGACACCCGCGUGGCGCUGGUGACCGGGGCCAACAAAGGCAUCGGCUUGGCCAUCGUGCGUGACCUGUGCCGGCGGUUCUCCGGGGACGUGGUGCUCACGGCACGGGACGAGGCGCGGGGACGGGCGGCCGUGCAGCAGCUCCAGGGCGAGGGCCUGAGUCCGCGCUUCCACCUGCUGAACGUAGACGACCGGCAAAGCAUCCGCGCCCUGCGUGACUCGCGCAAGGAGUACGGGGGAUUGGACGUGCUGGUCAACAAUGCAGCCGUCUUCUUUGACAUUGCUGACCCCACCCCCUUACAUAUUCAAGCAAAAGUGACGAUGAAAACAAACUUCUUUGGUACCCGAGACGUGUGCACAGAACUGCUGCCUCUAAUGAGACCCCAAGGCAGAGUGGUCAAUGUGUCUAGUAUAAUGAGCUUUGUAGCUCUUGAAUACUGUAGCCCAGGACUGCAGCAGAAGUUCAGAAGUGAGACCAUCACAGAGGAGGAGCUGGUGGGGCUCAUGAACAAGUUUGUGGACGAUGUAAAGAACGGAGUGCACCAGAACGAGGGCUGGCCUGAUAUGAAAGUAGUCACAUAUGGAGUGUCAGAGAUGGGUCUCACAGUCCUGUCCAGAAUCUAUGCCAGGAAACUGAGUGAGCAGAGGAGAGGGGACAAGAUCCUCCUGAAUGCCUGCUGCCCUGGGUGGGUGAGAACAGACAUGGGUGGGCCAAAAGGCAUCAAAACCGUAGAAGAAGGAGCAGAGACUCCUGUCUACUUGGCCCUUUUGCCCUUGGAUGCUAAGGGGCCUCACGGGGAGUUUGUUAUGGAGAAGAAAGUUGAACAAUGGGGACUCCGCCCUCAGUUCCCUCCAUGGGUCCCAUUAUGA